CAUUUAACACGAACGGGGCAAAGAUUGCAUUCAUGUUGGGAACGUUGGCGGUCCGCUGACCACCGACUGGGGAGUUGUUAUAAAUGUUGACUCAGCGAGAGAAAACCGUCGUCUCUACUGCCGUCAUAGCAGCCGUUGGUGUCGGUGUACUAUUCGUACUAUCACGCUACCGUCGUGGCAUUAUGAGCCGGCUGAGGGCACUGAACCAACGGGAUCCGCUUCGCGACCAGCAGGUGCACAUCAUCAACACCACCGACGACUGUCGGUUAGUUGUGGAGAAGCUGCAAAGGCACUGUCAGGAGUACAAUGUACUUGGAUUCGAUUGCGAAUGGGUCAGCUACCAGGGAAAGCGACGCCCGGUAGCACUGCUGCAGCUGGCCUCACACCGUGGCCUUUGCGCCUUGAUACGGCUGUGCAUGAUCAAUAGGAUACCGCAGGAGUUAUACGAUCUGCUAAAUGAUGACAAUAUAAUCAAGGUAGGUGUUUCCCCGUACGAAGAUGCACGCGUCCUAAGGGAUGACUAUCGGCUGAAGGUGGAAAGUACGCUCGAUUUGCGAUUUAUGGCCGAACGGGCGGGGCUGGAACCGCUCGGCAUUGCCCGAUUGACCAAUGAGGUGUUGGGCAUAACGCUGGACAAACACUGGAAGGUGCGCUGUUCCGAUUGGGAGACGCCGGAACUGUCCGAACGGCAGAUAAAGUACGCCGCCAGCGAUGCACAUGUGGCGGUGGAGCUGUUUAAGAAACUUUCGUACAAACUAGUCCCGCACUACCCAUGGACCAGCCGGAAGGUAGUACUUGAACAGGUUCUGGAAGAGAUGGACUGCUUCAUGGAUCAACCGCAUAACAAUCGCAAAUCAAAGUCGGGCGGUAGCUCCAAACCGAAGAAGUUGCUUACGGCCCAAAAUAAUCAAAAACCGAACAAACGGUACCAUUCCACGCGCACGAAGCCACUGUACCAUAACUGCUUGAUGCAGGCCCCGGACGGUGAGCUGCUGUGCACGUGCGAUCGUCGCAAGGCAGAAUGGUACGUGCAACGGGAACUGGGCGAUCUGGUGUGUGAAAAUCCGUACACCGUACGAUUGCGGUUCGAGCCGGCCGGCCGUGCGGUAGACGAAGCUGGACAGUACUAUCUACAGGCGAAGGAAAACAUAUGCGUAGUGUGUGGGGCAAAGUCGAGCUUCAACCGAAAGAAUAUUGUGCCGCGUGACUAUCGUAAGCAUUUCCCUGUAGUGAUGAAGGAGCACGUUUCGCACGAUGUGCUGCUACUGUGCGCCGAUUGCCAUCAGCGAAGCAGCAUUCAAGACGAGCGACUGCGCCAAGAGCUAGCCGAACUGUGCAACGCACCACUAGCGGGUCAGAAAAAUGGUUCGAAAGAGAUUCGCAUUGAAUCGAUGGCGGAAAUUCGAAAGGCGGCUCGAGCUCUGCUGAACAGUGCCGCCAAAAUUCCUCCAGAACGGAAGCAAGUUCUCGAGGAGCGGCUUCUUACGCUGCUGAACAGUUUGGGAAGUGAAGCAGAAUCGGCUGGAACGUCCGAAUGCGGCAACGGUGGACCACAAUUUACGGAGCUUACACAAAGCUUGCUGGAAGAGUACAGUAACAUCGAUAUAUCGGUGCGCAAUGAGCUGUACUGUGCGCACGGUGAGCGGGUGGUGGAGUACUUCAAGAAGACGCCGGGUGGUUUGAUGCAGCUGGAGCGUAGAUGGAGGGAAAACUUUCUGCACACAAUGCGUCCAAAGCAUUUGCCUCCACUGUGGUCGGUGGAUCAUAACUACAAACGGUUGGAAAUUCGUGCCGUAGAAGGGAGGGUAAACGUAGAGGAUCUAGCGAUUGCAGGCAUCAGCUUCAACUCGUCACCUUCCACUUCGGCCACGUACUCGAGCCGAUCGUACACGAGCUACUCGAACAACUCACACACCAAUGGCAGCCGUACAUCGUACAGUGGCGUACCGAUCACCGAUAAUCCUGCAACAUCGACCCGAUUCUAUUCGAACGUACAAUCGCAGCAAAGCACCACUAACGGGGAAACUGAAACUAUGACGGGUGCAUACACGCCCUACACAACAACAACACAGUACAAAUCGAUUGUUCAGCCACGAUCGACGAUGGGGACGGCUGACGAAGACACUACGUCGGCCGGUGGUACGACACAGUUCAAAACAAUUCAAAACUUUCAAACAAUGUUUCCGGCCGAGGGUGGAGCGGCCGAAUCCUUGCUCCAGGUUGACAGUGAACCGGCUACCGAGCGUGACUUUGCUUCGCUUCAACUGACUUACGAUAGUGAUGAUUCCAACUCGACUCUUUCGCAACCAUCCUCCACACUGUUGAACUCUAACGGUGUGUUUCCGGACGAGGACGAGGAUGUUCGCGGGGAGAACGGCGAACAACAGGGAGAGGAGGAAGAUGAGAGAAGUUUGAAUGCGGUUGACAGCUUAGCCACCGAUAGUUCCACUUCGUCCAACGCGGCCAGAACAAAUCAGGACGGAAAUCAAACCAAUGGUCGAGGAAGGCACCAGAUGGGUUGGUAG